CCCAGUUCGUUCGGCCCGCGCUUCACCUAAACCCAUCCAGCCCAGCUAAGGCGUUUGUUGCCUGAGAAGAAGUGUUGGAGUUGAAGCAGUUGUUUUUGGACGUUAGCUAUGUCACGGCAGUCAGGGUCGCAAGGAAAUUCUUGGAGAUACAAGGAAUUACGAGGCAGACCUAAACCACUUGUGAUAAGACUUACAUCAGUCAACCCGUACAUCACUUGUCAUUUGUGUGGCGGAUACUUGGUGGAUGCAACUACAAUUAUUGAAUGCCUGCACACCUUUUGUAAAAGUUGCCUCGUGCAGUACCUGUACACCAGCAAGCGAUGUCCCACCUGCGAUACCCUCAUUCACGAAACCAACCCAUUCAGUUGCAUCAGACUUGACAGAACGAAGCAAGAUAUCCUCAACAAACUCCUUCCGUAUGUCGCAUCAGAUGAAACAGAGAACCAGAAACUGUUCUACAAGAGAAGGGGAAUCACAGCACCUCAGAAAGGGGACUCCCGUACUCCUAGUCCAUCACCCCCUCCCUCGCUAACUCCGCCGUCGUCAGUCUGUCAUAUUACAGACACACACAUAUCCAUACUACUGGAGUUUAUAGGGGCAUGUAACAGCUUCAAGAAGAACGGACAAAUUCCCAAAAAGUUUGUGCGAGUGUCCCUGGAUGCGUCCAUCAGGCACAUUCAGCGGUUCCUCAUGCGGAAACUGCAACUCGGCGAUAACUACGAGGUUGACAUUGUUUGUGGUAUGGAUAUCAUGGAACCAGACCUGACACUCAGAAUGCUCAGUGAGCAGGUGACGGAUGACCAGUUCCAAGACGGGUUGCUCCUCCUUCACUACAGUCUGGUAGAUGCGGAAGUCCAGGAAGUGUACGAUGUUUCCUGAGAAAAACGAAACUGACCCCGUCAUGGCAACAGGCAGACUGAGUGUCGCGUCGCCAGCAUUUUGGACUUUGUUGUGGUGAUCUGAAUCAAGAGGUUACUCUGUUUUGGAUACCAUUCAUUUUUCAAAUCUCAACAAAUGUGUGAGGAGGCUCUGCAUAUUUGUACAGGAUGCUUGAGGCUGUCUCUGAAUGGUGCUGUGAUUAUUUCCUCCACCCCACCUUGCUUCCACCCACAUCUUUGUGCAAUAGCUGGCACCUGUCACUGCAAGAAAUAUCUAUGCAAGGAAGUGUACAUUUUUUAAUGUGUAAAUUGGCAAAACCUCUUGUCAACGAGUCCGUCUGUAAUCAUCUACUUGUGAAGUUUUGACCAUGGAGGAAUAAAUGCUCAGUUUUCAGUUCA